GGUAUGACUGGGCUGUGACACAGGAAGGGGGGGUGAUUCCUUCGUUCUCACAACAAACCUCAGAUGAGAGAGAACGGUGAGGAGUAUUGGAGCGAUCGUAGUGUGCUGGGAAGGACAGAGAGCGGUGUGAGCGGACGAAGCCUGCUGGAGGAGGAUGGCGGAUGGGCAGCUGGCGAUACCGUCCUCGGACAAAGGAGUGGGACUGAUCGGCAGCCUGAAAGCGGCCGCCUGGUCUCUUGUGUACGUACCAGCGAGGCAGCUAGAAAGAGAGUCAGGAUGGCUUAGUAACUGGCUCCCAGCCUGGUGUCCCACAUCUGGGGCUCAUCUAAAGGAGGCUGAAGAGAAAAUGCUAAAGUGUAUAACAAGUUCCUACAGCAACGAACAUGUAUUACUGUCUGGAGGAUACCAAAUCUGGACCUUGUCAUUCGCACAACCGCUAUCACAGAAGACUCCACUAGUGUUACUCCAUGGGUUUGGAGGAGGAGUUGGACUUUGGGCACUCAAUUAUGAAUCUCUUUGUCAAAACAGAACUGUCUAUGCUUUUGACAUCUUGGGAUUUGGACGCAGUAGCAGACCUCAUUUUGAAAUUGACCCUGAAAAGGCAGAGAUGCAGUUUGUGCAGUCAAUAGAAGAAUGGAGAAUUGCAAUGGGUCUGGAUUAUAUGAUUUUAUUAGGGCAUAACCUGGGAGCUUAUUUAGCUGCAGCUUACUCUUUGAAAUACCCUUCAAGGGUAAAAAGCCUCAUUUUGGUAGAGCCAUGGGGAUUUCCAGAUAGACCUGACAAUGCAACAGACGAAAGGUCCAUUCCAGUCUGGAUUAAAGCUGUUGGUGCUGUUUUAAGUCCAUUUAAUCCCUUAGCAGGACUUCGUUUAGCAGGACCACUAGGAUUAAUCCUUGUUCAGAGACUAAGGCCAGAUUUUAAGAAGAAAUAUUCUUCAAUGUUUGAUGAUGACACUGCGACAGAAUACAUUUACCACUGUAAUGCACAGUCUCCAAGUGGUGAGACUGCAUUCAGAAGCAUGACAAUCCCGUAUGGUUGGGCUCAACGGCCAAUGCUGCAGCGUAUUGACCAGCUACAUACAAACAUUCCAAUCACCGUCAUUUACGGAGCACGAUCCUGUAUUGAUGGGAAUUCGGGAAGCACUAUUCAGUCAAUGCGACCAAACUCCUAUGUGAAAACAGUUGCAAUUCGUGGUGCUGGCCAUUAUGUGUUUGCUGACCAGCCAGAAGAUUUCAAUCAAAAAGUAACUGAAAUUUGUGAUUCUGUGGACUAACCUAGGAAUCUGGUUUUGAAGAGUCCUUUCUGCAUACGUUUUUCAAAGUAAUGCAAAGAGCUGGCAGAUUGCUCCCUUACCCUGUGUAUCGGUGCUUUUACUUGCAAGACAGUUGCACACUUGAACCAGAAUUGUGCCUUUUUUGUAGGAACGGAUUUUAGACAUCGCACUGUACAGCUUUUACAAGUUUCCAAAGUGUUUAUAUUUAUAUUGUUGAAUUUCAAAAUAACUAUAUUUACUUUUGUUAUAUACAUAGGUAUAUAUAUAUAUAUUUACAGAGCCAUAUAGUAUCAUUUAUAAGUUUUAAACUGGAAUAUAGGCCUUGCGCCAAAACUACUCCAAGGAUUUAUUUAUCCGAACAUUUUUUGUUUGUGUGACUGUGACUCCACGCAUGUUGUGACAAUGCUGAAUUGUACGUACAUUGCUGUAUUUAUUUUUGUAUUGUUGAAUAAUCAUUCUGUAUGUGCCAAAUAUUGCACGUGAGUUGUAUGCCUGGGAAUCUGGGGUACGUGGUGAAGCAUCUGAAAUUCGGCAAUGUUUGCAUGAAAACACUACCAGCAUUUCAGAUAAUCGGUAACCGGUAUCAAUACCACAAUCGCUGCAAUAGAAAUCUAAAAUUGUGACAUAUUUUAUCCUAUUUUAAUUUACUAUUAAAUCUAUUUUCUUUCUACAAAAA